AUGAUGAUGGAUGACAUGACAGCCCAAUGACAGCCGAACAAAAAUUACGGCGUGGAUUUAUGGUAAAAAUUGCGAAAAUCUGUUGACUCUCACGAAAUAUUUGUUAGAUUGUAUGUGUAAUUAUCCCGCGAGCUACAUCGUUUUUGAUAAACAUAUUUAAAAGUUGUUUAUGACAUUAUAAUGAUCGUAAAUUCAAAAGUUUUGGUUCAAAGUUUGUGCGUAUCAUUGUCGUUAGCGCGUAAGUCGAGCUUCCCGGUGUUUAGUGUGUUAUAGCAGAGGCAAACGGUGAUUUAUGAAAUGGUGCUGAUGGUGUUAGCUAACGGAUCAAAAGAAAACUUUAUUUGAUUGUAUAUGAUUGAUAUAUUUUGGUGAUUAUUCGUCACUACUCACGAUGUACCCAACUGCUACGCGGCAUCCAUCGGCCGCAGUAAGGGGUCCACAGCCUCCUGCAGGUCCUAUAAAAUUUACAAUAGCGGACACAUUAGAACGUAUUAAAGAAGAAUUUAACUUCUUACAAGCGCAGUAUCAUACGUUGAAACUGGAAUGUGAGAAACUUGCGUCAGAAAAAACAGAAAUGCAAAGGCAUUAUGUUAUGUACUAUGAAAUGUCCUAUGGACUGAACGUGGAGAUGCAUAAGCAGACGGAAAUAGCGAAGAGGUUGAGCGCUAUAAUUGGUCAAGUGCUGCCGUUCUUGGCGCAAGAGCAUCAGCAACAAGUCGCGUCCGCUGUCGAGAGAGCCAAGCAAGUCACCAUGUCCGAACUUAACGCUAUCAUUGGGCAACAGCAACAACAGGGCCUACAACAACUGCUUCAACAGAUCCACGCGUCUGCGGGGCUGUCGCACGGCGUGGGGGGCGUGGGACCCGGUGGCGGGCUGCUCGGCGCGGGUGGGCUGCUGUUCGCGCCGGGCGCGGGGCCCCAGCCUCCGCCGCAUCUGCCGCCGCCUGCGCAUAAGGUGGAACUACCUCCCCCGGCGGAUAUAAAGCCCCCGGUACUGCCAGGCGGUCCCGCACCUCCCCCGCACUUACCAGGACAGCAGCCGCCCAGAGAGGACGAUAGGCUUGUCUCAUCGAGAGUUUUACAAUCGAGACGGUCGGUGUCGCCGCACGAGCGCGAGCAGAAGUACCGGCCGCGCUCGCCCGACCCCGAGCCGCUCGACGUCAAGCGGCGGAAGGAGGAGAAGGUACUCGGCCAUGUGAGUCUGUGUAGUGACAGUGAUGCGGAGAAGAGUGAUCAGGACUUGGUUGUGGAUGUUGCUAAUGAGGAAGAGAGAGGGUCACCCAGUGUACGCACGGAGGGCGGCGAGAGGACGGAAAAUGGUCCCCGACCGCCCUCCAGAUCCGGCUCCUCGUCGAGUCGCUCCACACCUAAGAGUUCUAAAGAUGAGAAACCAGGCACGCCCGGCAGUAAAAUGGCGCGGGCACCCACACCCACGGGACCGGGUAGAGCGGGGUACGGGUUCCCCGGUUAUCCUGGGUACAGACCGCCACAUCCCUAUGAAAACUCACAUCACAGAACGAACGGCAUCGCUCCACCGGCUAAACCCGCGUACUCGUACCACACGUGCGGCGGGCCGCUGCAGCCGGUGCCGUUCCCGCAGGACGCGCUGGCGGCGCCGGGCGUGCCGCGCGGCGCCCGCGCGGUGGCGGCGCUGGCGCACGGCGAGGUGGUGUGCGCCGUGGCGCUGUCGCACGCGCCCGCCGCGCGGCACGCCUACACGGGCGGCAAGGGCUGCGUCAAGCUCUGGGACAUCUCCAACCCCGGCUCGCCCGCCAGCCUCGAGCCGCUCAGCCAGCUCGAUUGUUUGCAACGAGACAACUACAUCCGCUCCGUGAAGCUCCUGCCUGACGGUCGGACACUGAUCGUGGGCGGUGAGGCGUCGACGCUAUCCAUCUGGGAUCUCGGCUCGCCGACGCCGCGCAUGCGCGCCGAGCUCACCUCCUGCGCACCCGCGUGUUACGCGCUAGCAAUUAGUCCGGACUCUAAGGUGUGCUUCAGUUGUUGUUCAGACGGAAACAUCGCCGUAUGGGAUCUACAGAACCAAACAUUAGUUAGACAAUUCCAAGGCCACACGGACGGCGCGUCGUGCAUCGACAUCAGCGGCGACGGCACGCGGCUGUGGACGGGCGGGCUCGACAACACCGUGCGCUCGUGGGACCUGCGCGAGGGCCGCCAGCUGCACCAGCACGACUUCUCCAGCCAGAUCUUCUCGCUCGGAUACUGCCCUACUGGUUCGUGGCUAGCGGUAGGCAUGGAGAAUUCGCACGUGGAAGUGUUGCACGCUGGCAAGCCCGACCGGUACCAGCUGCUGUUGCACGAGUCGUGCGUGCUGUCGCUCAAGUUCGCCGCGUGUGGCAAGUGGUUCGUGUCCACUGGCAAGGACAACUUGCUCAACGCGUGGCGCACGCCGUACGGAGCUAGUAUAUUCCAGUCAAAAGAAUCAUCAUCAGUGCUCAGUUGUGAUAUAUCGGCGGACGACAAGUUCAUAGUGACGGGCUCCGGCGACAAGAAGGCGACCGUCUACGAAGUGAUGUACUGAAAUGUGACGGUAUCAGUGGCCGCGUAAUCUCAUAGGCAAUAACACGAACAUGUGGUCCAGUGAAGUGAGAAUGCUUUUAUAUUGACGCGUCUGGGAGGCUGUUGGGGUUUGUUCGCGUAGGUUAGUGAUUUCUAACUGUUUUCGACUAGAAAAAGUUGGAUUUAGUUUAUGUUUGUGCAUUUAAACGACCAAUGCAAUAGGCGCAUUUUGAUACCAGUUAUGUUUAUUUUGAAUGCUAGAAAAGUAUAUUUUGAUUAGAAAUCUUUUGAAGUGUUUUGUGUUUUAAGAGAAGUUCAUGGAAUGUUUAAAUGUCUUGUGACUUGUGGUGCUUAUGUCUUGUAACUGCCCUUAUAAGCAUUCAGUGCUGUUAAUACUGCCGUUUUGUGUAUUUGUGCUCUGUGGAAUCGUCCUCCCAUAUUCAUUUAGGUUACAGACUUCCGAUCAUGUCGUCAAACACGUGCGUCUAUUUUACUUUGAGACUACGCUCUAUGUAAAACAAUAGGGAAAUGUUUGAUACUAACCGCAUAAACGUACGCGUCAGCGUUUUGAAUAGUACGUCAGUAGACGUCAGCGUGCGUGACGCGAUGAUCAGAAGUCCAUUUUUAGACAUAGUCUACAAAAUUAGGGUGCUUGUGUACAAAUAUUUUUAUUCGAAACAUUUCAACAGCCCCCCAAACGUAUUUUAAUCGGUAUAAGUGUAACUUUUAAUGUAAUGGAUAGAUGUUGCACCGUUAAAUAUGGAUAUUUUUAGUGUUAUUAUAUAUUUUUAUAAUGAAAUAUGAAAAUCAUUUUUAAUAUGUUUCUAAGUUGAUUUUAGUUUGUUGGUGAUAUGUGUUUGGUAUCGGCAAGAUUUAUUGUACAGAAAAUGUGUUUAUGAAAUGUUGAGGUCAUAUCAAUGUGGUUAAUGAAAAUUAAAAAUCUCUAAGAUUUUUGUCGAGUAAAAUUAUUGCAAAAAUAUAAAACAUUAUAUAAAAAACAGUCAUACUAUUUUUAUAUGUUAUUGCAUUUCUUUAGUAAUAGAAAUGGCUUACGUUUGUGUGCCAAGGGGCGAAUGCCACUCUCCUGGCCCCAUCAUUCCUUAGAUAUAUGAUAAAAUCUCCACUGACCAUUCUCAUUGUCACGCGAUGCGAAUCGUUUUUAUUUUAAAGAUUCCUAUUUAACAUAAGCAUAGAUUCAAUAUAUUAAAUAAUUAAAUUUAAGAGGAAAUUUGAAAGAUCAUCGACCCCUCAUGCUCCUUCCUCUUAGGUCCUUAGCCAAGGUAAUAUCACAAAGAAUUUCUUGCAUAAUUUCCUAAGAAAUAAAUUUUCUUUGCAUUGACGAAAAUAAUCAACAUAUAAUUUUGUUUGCUUUUCAUUUUAUAAGUUUUUUAAUAUCGAAUUAUAUCCACUAAGAGCCGUUUUUAAUAAAUGAACCAAUCAAAAUAACUUAUUUGGAAGCGUGUCAAAAACACUUUGUUCUGAUUGAUCCAUUUUUGAGAUAGAUCGAAAAAGCUAUUGGGAUCGUUUAUUGAAAACUGCGGUAAAAGGUACUAAAACAAUUGCCAAUACGCAAACACGUAUCCAAACUAUUCCUUAUGAGUAUUUAUUAAGAUUCAUAAGCUACGUGUAAUGUUUCAGACUGAAAGUUUCAGAUAUCAACUCACGUAUCAUGUUGUCAAUUUACAUACGAAUUUAGUCUUUAUUUCAACGUGUUAGAGUUGAAUAACGCACACUAUUGGCUUGGCAGUUGUGCUAUAAGUAGAGAAAAACAUAGAUUACACACACUUAUUCACAUCAAUUGCUGAGUCUAAAGUGAUGGGCUCCAGUGUUAUAGAAAAUGUAUUUUCAUUUAUUUUUUGUAAAUAAUAAAUGUUAUGUUCUUAAAUGACAAUGGAACAGAAUAAUUGAAACUUUUUUUUUGUAUACAUUGUAAUAAAAAAUGCAAAUUUUACAGGUAUUAAGACUUUUUUAUAUGAAUUCUAUAUAAUUUUGUACAGAAAUUUGGAAUAAGUUUCAUGUAACAUCAAAUAAUACACCUAAUGUGAAUUCAACUGUAACAAAAAGAAUUUAAGGAUACAUUAAUAGACUUCGGAGAUGAAAUAUAAUUAAAAAAAACUUAUUUUAUAUUAGCAAAACCUGUAGAAACAGGUCAUGCAAUAGGGCAACACUCUUCAUAGACAAUUUUAUUUUUCAUAGACACGGGAGCGCGUCACAUUAAUGUAAUAAUAAUUUGUGGUUGUAGUUCCUUUAAUGGUUAUUUUGAUUAAAUAGAACAUGGGUAAAUUUAUUUAUGGUGAUUGAGUUCAGUUUACAUUGUACUUAAUACGGGGACUUUGUAAAAUAAUUCCAAUAUAUAAGGAUCUGCAAAUGUGAUAUUAUCUGUUCAAGGACAUGGUUUUAUACUAUUUGAUGUAACACCCGAUUUGACUGUAGACAACUUUGUUAUUUUCAUGCAAAUUGAAUUGUAUUACUUUGAUUAUAUUUAUUAUUUCCAUA